AUGAGUCCUCCCGCCGCCGUCUCGCCCACCCAGCACACUGCUGAGCUUGUGAAGCCUGUCUCCAAGCUAGCCGUUGCUCAGAACCAAGGCCCCCUGGCCAAGACCGUCUCCGAGAUGCACGGGCAAUGGGACUCGUUCACCUUUGCCCCCAUCCGCGAGUCUCAGGUCUCGCGCGCCAUGACUCGUCGCUACUUCGAAGACCUCGACAACUACGCCGAGUCCGACAUUGUCAUCAUCGGCGCCGGAUCCUGCGGUCUUAGCACCGCGUACGUCCUCGGCACGCAGCGCCCGGACCUCAAGAUCGCCAUCAUCGAGGCCUCUGUCUCGCCUGGUGGAGGUGCUUGGCUGGGAGGCCAGCUCUUCUCCGCCAUGGUGAUGCGCAAGCCGGCCGAUGCUUUCCUCCGAGAGAUCGGCGUCCCGUACGAGGACGAGGGCAACUACGUUGUCGUCAAGCACGCGGCGCUCUUCACCUCGACCAUCAUGGCCAAGGUGCUGCAGCUGCCCAACGUCAAGCUCUUCAACGCUACUUGCGUCGAGGAUCUCAUCACUCGUCCUUCUGCUGAGGGAGUGCGCAUUGCUGGUGUUGUGACCAACUGGACUCUUGUCUCGAUGCAUCACGAUGACCAGUCUUGCAUGGACCCCAACACCAUCAAUGCUCCCCUUGUCAUCUCCACCACCGGCCACGAUGGCCCCAUGGGUGCCUUUUGCGUCAAGCGUCUUGUCAGCAUGGGCCGUAUCGAGAAGCUGGGCGGCAUGCGCGGCCUCGAUAUGAACAGGGCUGAAGAUGCUAUUGUCAAGAACACUCGUGAGGUUGUUCCCGGCCUCAUUGUCGGAGGCAUGGAGCUCUCUGAGAUUGACGGAGCCAACCGUAUGGGCCCUACCUUUGGUGCUAUGGCUCUCAGCGGUGUCAAGGCUGCUGAAGAGGCUCUCAAGGUCUUUGAGACUCGUCGCAAGGAGAAUGCCAUCUAA